AUGGUUACAUUAAUUGAUAAAUAUGUUGAAGCAGAGUUUUGCGAAAUCUGUGGUGGUCAUUUAAGUGUUAUGUAUGAUCAAGUUCCUACUAAAAGAAGUGAAAUCGGUGAAUCUUGUUUAAAAUUCAAUCUUCCAAACCACUCAUUGUUUAUAAGAAGGAUUUUAAUUUGUUUUAAAUCAAAAUCUAUAUUUGAUGUGUUUCCAGAAUUUAAAGAAAAUUUUAUAAAAUUCAAUGAUGGUUAUCCAUAUUUAACAAAUUCAAAUCAAUGUAGUAAAGAUCAAGAUUUUCUUGAAGAUGAUAAUAUACAUAAAGAUGAUGGUGGUCAGUGUGAAUACUUAGAUUAUAAAUCAAAUACUAGUAAACAGUUUGGAAAAGAGAAUGACCAAGAAUAUAUUGAACAAUCAGUUGAAGAAGGUUUUGCUGGUGAACCAGCGUAUCUCUUUGAUUUAGAAUUUUAUAUAAAAUUAUCAAUUAAAUCAAGAAUCAAAGUAAGAAUUGUUUGUAAAACUUAUUUUCCAACUGGAUUAUUUUUACAAAUGUAUCUUUUAGUUGAGCCAUUGUUUUUUGAAAAUGGUUGUCCAUGUCCAAAGUGUAAACAAAAAUUAGUGUUACCACCGUCAAAAUCUAUAAACAACAAUUGCAUUCAAUUAUCACAAUAUUUAAUCGAAAAAUCAGAAGGUGAUAUGUAUACACCAGGUUCUCUUAUUAAAUUGGAAUUUCAUCUUACAAAAAGAAGAUUUAUUACAAGAAUUGAUUUUCUUAACAAAAAUAUUUUAAAUAAUCCUUCAUCUGAUUGUGUUUGUCCAUAUUGUAAUAUUUCAGGUGCAAGCAAAGCUGCAGUCGCUUAUAUAUGCAAAACAUUAAACACCUUGCGUAUUCCAUUUAAAGAUUGUGUUUUCAUUCAUCCAGAUGUGUCAGGCCAAGAAUAUAUUUUAAAAUGUGCUGAUGGCUCCAAAUCCUAUAGAGUAGAUGGAUUUAUAAAAAAUGGAAAUAAUAGUAUAGUAAUAGAAUUCCAUGGUGCCUAUUGGCAUGGUCACCCAAAAUUAAAAGUUGACCCUUUAAAUGAAAAUAUACAAGCAUCAAGAUUAAAGAAAACAAUUGAAAAAGAUUUAGAAAUUGUAAAACACCAUCUUUUAGUUUGCUGGUAUUUUAAAAAUAUCAAAACCUAUACAAGAUUUUAA